AUGGACGACUUGUUGAAGAAUAAGACGCUGGCAGUUCAUGCAGCUUCAGCCACGGUGUCCGUGGGACUUGGCACUGCUCUUACAUACCCGCUUGACACUCUCAAAGUCUUAGAACAGGUUGGUUCUAGCUCUAGGAAGUCGUUGACUUUUGCUGAUGUUCUUCAUAGAGUUCAAGCAUUCUCUGGAUAUUCAGGUUUGUAUAAUGGUAUUGGAUGGAUGACCUGUGGAAGAACAUUGGGUUUGGGAGCUCGCUUUGGUGUUUAUGAGAUAUUGACAGCAUUCUACAAAGAUGGCCGUGAAGAUGAUUAUACACAUGUCUCUGAGGCGCUAAUGGCCGGACUUGCUGCUGGCAUGGUGGAAUGUCUCGUAAGCUCUCCAUUUGAAAUCAUCAAACUCCGUGCCCAGGUGGCUUCUGCUUCUCGCAUUGUGCAGCCUCCCGCCGUUUCCGAGAAGAACACCAUUUCACCUUUAGUCUCGAGAUUGCUGCCCAGAUAUUCUCUGGAUAUGACGGCAAUGAGUAACUCUGUCGGCCUUCUGUCCACCUUGACCCCGAAAUACACGAAUAUGUUUGAUGCUCUGAAAGGAUAUCCCUGGAUGAUGACAGGAUCCGCAAAACCGCCUGCCGUCAGUAGUGUGAGUAAGCCAUCGGAAAUCCUCUCAUUGGAAGGAUGGCCUGCUCUGUGGCGAGGACUUAGAUCAGGUUUAGUCCGGGAUUCUAUUUUCGGCAGUGUAUUUUUUUCGAGCUGGCAAUUUUUACACCAAGUGAUGCUGAACUGGAAGGCCGUGGGGAUGGAUCCUAUACCCAGGUAUGAUUAUGAAGUUGGUCCAUUGUCUCCAAUAGCUCUCAGUCUUGCAGCUGGAGUCUCCGGUUCAAUUGCAGCUGCUGCUUCCCAUGGUUUUGACACUACUAGAAGUCGGUCACAGUGCACUGUUCUCCCCAAGCAUUUAACCAUGGAGAGGAAAUUUCUGAAGUGGAAAAGACCAGGAAAGAGAUUUGAGAGGCUAACUGGGAUCCACCCAUCCGACAGAAAUUUACUGCUCAAUGGCAUAUGGUUACGGAUGGCCCGUUGUGGGCUUGCGUCAUCCAUCAUCGUGGGGAGUUAUUAUUUUGCUAUUAAUCAUUUUGUUUCUAGUUAG